GACCUUCGAGCGGUGACAGUGGUAGAGCAUCCACUUGGUCAGAAGAACAGAGCAGCUGCAGCAACACGAGCGAUUUCUGUUCCAUCUCUGCUACAAGAGCUCUGCGUUGCCAAAAAACCACAGGGAAACUCCCACGCUUGGGGAGAUGGGGCUCCUUCCGUGGAGGUCUCCAUGCAUACAGGGUGGGGAGCGCUUUGCUGACCGAUGGGUCCCACCAGCGCAUCUCUAACGUAGCUCGUGAACCAGAAAGUUGUCCUUUGCACGUCACGGCUGGCUGGCGCUCGGCUUGAAAUGGGAGGGUAAUAAAGAGCAGCUCCAGGCUGUCUUUUCUGAUCUUUUCCCACACUGUGCUCCCCAAGGUCUUGUCUCCCUGACCGUAACCACUAACUCUGCUGUUGAUUGGCAUCUUUCCAGCCACCCCUGCCAAGGUCUGUCAUGCCUUGGGGCUCGCUGCCCACCUGCAUCUUCGGCUCCCCCCAACUGCAGCUGCUUCGCAGCAGCGCUCGGUGUUGCUCAUAAGCAAAGUAACGGGAGGAGGAAGGUGGGGGACCAGCAGGUGGAAGAUGGGUCUGAGAGCUGAGGCCACUCCGCAGCUGCUGCACUUGCUCUGCACGGCACCUGGGAGGGAUGGGAGCGUUUUCCCUGGGAUUCUCCAGCCUGGGCUGUGUGCUCUUGGGAGGAGGGGAGGGAGGAGGGGGCUGCAAGGAUCUUGGCAGCUGGAAAGGGGGGAUCCGUGCACAAGGAGUCCCUUCAGCGUGGCCGCGGGCAGGGCGUGUGCACGGCAUUGUGCUGGGAGCGUGCAGAGGGAAACCUGAGCUGGUUUGUGGGAGACCCGUGUGCUCGGCUGCUGUGGCUCAGCAGCGUUCCAAGCCGGCAGCCAACCCUGCUCCUCACCAGCAUGAUCUGCUCCCCCGGAGUCCUCUCCUUUCACCGGAGCUCAGCCUUAGCCGAGCGGUUUCCCGACAGCCCACCCAGCGUCGAGGAUGCUGUGCAAAGCCACAAGAGCCCAACAGCGGAGCUGAGGAGUGAAGCGAGGAGGAUGCAGGCCUCCUCAGAACAUGGUUCUGCUAAUGCAUCUCUCAAAACCCUCUGCGCGGCCGGGAGGCUGUUCCUGCUGCUCGGGGUCGCUGGGCUGCUGGUGGGAAUGUCAGUUGGAGCGUGGUUUCUCGUGAAGCACCUGAAGAAGCCUCAGCUGGACCAGAGCAUCCCUGGGCAGGAGCCAGAUGUGAUCCCAGCGUGCAGUGACGGUGAAGAGGAAGAUCCCGUGGUCCGUGGGGCUCACAGGGCAGUGUCUUUCAGAAUAAACGUGGCCAACUCCUUGCUGGAAAUGCAGGUUGAAGGCCGUCCUGGCUGGCUCCUGACGUGCCACGAGCGCUGGAGUCUCUCGCUGGGCACCCUGCUCUGCCGGCAGCUCGGGCACCUCAGAAUGACCCAUCAGAAGGGGGUGAGUGUGAGGGACAUCAAGAUGAACGACACACAGGAGUUCAUUCAGGUGAGACCUCACCAGGAAGGCAGCCUGGAAGACCUGUGGCACGUCAGGAGCAGCUGUGAAUCGGGUCGAAUCGUGGCUCUGAAAUGCUCAGAGUGCGGGCUGCGCCGCGGCGCUGGGCGGGUGGUCGGUGGGACGGAUGUGUCCCUGGGGCGCUGGCCCUGGCAGGUCAGCUUGUACCAUGGCUCCCAGCACCACUGCGGAGGCUCCGUGCUGGACCGCGAAUGGAUCAUCACGGCAGCUCACUGCGUGCACAGUUACAGGUGGCUUCACGCCUCCGCCUGGCUGGUUUUCGCAGGCAUCGUCACCCACAGCUCAGUCAAGGAGGCGGCUGGCGUGUCGCUAAAGAAAAUAGUUUACCACCCGCUUUAUAACGACAGUAGCCUGGACUACGACAUUGCUCUGCUGAAGCUCCACGUGCCCCUGAAUUUCUCCGACGCCAUCCAUGCUGUGUGUCUGCCACCCUCCCAGCAGGACCUCUUCCAGGGCACCCAGUGCUGGGUCUCCGGUUGGGGCCACACUAGCCCAGACCAUGCACACGUUACCGAGACGCUGAAGGAAGCGCCCGUUCCCUUAAUUGGUACCAAGAGGUGCAAUAGUUCGUGCAUGUACGCAGGCGAGCUCACUGCCAGGAUGCUGUGCGCUGGUUACCCGCAGGGGAAAAUAGAUGCGUGCCAGGGGGACAGCGGGGGACCCUUGGUUUGCUGGGAUGAAUUCACGUGGCGCUUGGUGGGCAUCGUGAGCUGGGGCCAGGGCUGCGCUGAACCCAACCACCCCGGCGUUUAUACCAACGUGGCUGAGCUGCUGCCGUGGCUUUAUCGCAUCACUGAGAUCUACUAGAAAUAAGGCCAGGAGAGACUUCACAGAGCAACAAUUUGCCCUUUCCACGUAGUAACUGGAGAAGACCAGAACUAAUUCAUCCUGUGUUACCAUAACCCUAAGGGAAUUCCUACACACCAGCGGAAAACAGACUCAGUAUAAAUAGUUGAUUAAAGAAAAUAGCAAAUUACAUUUCUGUGAACAAUUCACACGGAAGAAGUGUUGUUUUUUAAAAUACACAGGGGGUUUGGAUUGCUGUGUGUAAAGGGGUAGGAGAUCCCAUGAGAUGCAAGUGUAAGGGGAAGGCUCUCAGCCUCCAGAUAAAUGACUUCGAGAGGAAGGAAAGAAAAAGGUAGAAUUUAAGUGGCAGUCAGAUUUUAUUUCACUGUCUCCCUUCCUUACUGCGUUCUCAUGCGCUCGACUGGGUCUCAGUCCCGCAAUGACUGAGGUGCGAUGUGAAAGGCAGCUGUGACUCAGCCCCUGCACAAACACUUGGAAAUGGGAACAGAGGUCAGGCAAAAGUUCAAAUGAAAAGGAUACAAUUGUAGGUAGUGGGUUAAAGUAUUGAGCUCGGUGACCGAACCUUCUCUAAGUAGGUUUUAAGUGCUAUGGUCUUGGGCUGCUUUAAUGAAUGCUCUUUGAGUUUUUCAGUUAAAAGGAAUGUACACCUCUCAGGCUCAAACACCGCCUUUUGUGAAUUAAAAGACAAUGCUAUGAGUGCACACUUCAUUCCCUUUUUGUAUUCACUCAAGAUUAUUUUAAGGACAGAACACUUGCUACUGAAAAGGCAAGUGCUGGACUUAUAUAGCUGACACACAACAAAAAGGUAGAGGAAGGAGCUGAACUGGCUUCUAAAACUGGCAAAGUAAGACUGAAAAAUUCUAAGUCAGUUUUAAGAUAUCUUCCAAAAGGAAUUUUGCUACUUGUGCAAAACCCUGUGACCUGAUAAAACAGUUCACUCAAAACAGGAUCUCCUUUUCCCUCCUCUUCCCCUGUCCCAAAUUUUCACUCUUGAGGCCUGUGCUUUAGGGAAACCUGAGGUGAGAAAGAGCAAAGUUUGGCACUUUAGCAUUCUCAGAAGGAUAUCAAAAGCUACCGCAGCUGGUGGGUUUCAUGUGGAAUUUGCAGGGACAGAAGAGGUAAGAGACAAAGAGGCUACCCACCCCCAGUGUAAAACUGGAGAGAUAGGACUACUGAGAAAUCAAAAUCCCUCUACAAGACCCUUAAAGCUUGAGAUGAGCUUGUACAGUGCCUCGUGUUAGAGGCCCAUCUGACAGCAGUGCCUGCUCCCACAAAGAGGUGUUGGAUUCAAGCUUUGAUUUAUCUCCCUGUGCUGGGCUUAACGGGCAGAUGAAAUCCUAGAGAACAGAAAUGAGGAAACGGCACAAAAAGCAUCGCUUCUCCACCAGGACUGUUCACCCACCAGCUCAGGAGGGAAAAUUCUGAUCUGGGCAGAACUCCUCGGGGGAGCGUGGCAGGGGAUUGAAUUUUCAUGCCCAAACUCCAUCUGCCUGGCAGAUAGAUCAUGAGGAGUGAGUGUCCAUCUGUCACCCAU